AUGCCUCCCCCCGUGGAGGAUAUAUCGGACGAAGAAUCUGGCGACAUACCUUUUAGGGAUGCGCCUGAAGACCAGGCCGAAGACAAGGCCGCCGAUGACCAGGCCGAAGAGGACGAAGAUGACGACGAAGAGGAGGAGGGAGUGUACAUCGUCGAGGAGAUUGUUCAGCAUGACUGGCUGGACGAUGGCACCCUCAAGCUUUUAGUCAAGUGGAAAGGCUACGAAGACCCGACAGACCGCACAUGGGAAGAAGAGGAAGGUCUUAAGGAAGGAGCCGGUGACAUUCUCGCGGCUUACUAUAAGAAGGUGGGCGGGAGGCCCGAAUUACCGCCGCCGAAGGCCAAGCCAGGCCGCAAGCGCAAGUCCAUGGCAGAUUCCAAGAGCGCCACACCCACCGCAAGCUCCUCCGCAGCUGAGCCCAAGCGUCGCAAGUCACAUAAGGAAACCAAGAAAGUGGAGUCCGACGCAGACGAGAACAUUACCGACUGGGUGCCCAAGGGCAAGAGCUGGGACAAGGAGGUCCAGGAAGUUGACACAAUUGUCCGCGACCCCGAGAACAAUGGCCUAUACGCUUGGCUCGUCUUCAACAAUGGAAGAAAGUCGAGGGUGACCAUUGAGGCUUGCUAUGAAAAGUGCCCAAUGAAGAUGCUCAAAUUUUAUGAAUCACAUCUUGUUUUCAAGGACGGUUAA